AAGUUAUGAUUUACUUUCAAGUUGUCGUUGCAUCCGGUGCCGGUCGGAUUAUUCGCACUGAAAUUUCCGUUUGUUUAAAACCUAGAAUAUUCUGAAUGAAAAAACAAUUGAAAUCAGGGAUUGGACAAUGAGAGCAGUUAAUCGUGGCCUCCUCGAGGCCGUCUUAUUUUGUAUUUUAGUCAUUAAUGCUGCAAAAGCAGAUAUUUGCAAAAGAGGAUGCCCUCAAUCUGAUGGUGACACCUUAAAAUUUCAACCAGGCCAUCUUUACGAAUACAAUUUCGAUUCAAUAUUGACCGUUGCCCUCGGCACCGGCUCAAGUACAGCCGCUGAUGAUACAAGCUUAAAAUUGAUUGGAACAGCUAAGGUUUUCGCUGAAGGGAAUUGCGGAUAUACGUUGCAGUUAAGUGCAGUCAAAGUUUCAGCUACCAAAGAAGCCACCGAAAAGAAGAUAGUACAGAACAUUCAGAAGCCUGUACAUUUUAUUUUGGUGAAUGGAAAAGUUGAACCACAAUUGUGCACAGAUCCCAAUGAUAGCCAAUAUGCCUUAAAUAUCAAACGAGCCAUUAUUUCUUUGUUACAAUCUAACACCGAGGAUGGUGCUGAAGUCGACGUUUUUGGGCAGUGUACCACCCACACAUCGGUAUCGAAUGUUGCAGGGUCAGAGGUUGUAACCAAAGUACGCGAUCUAAAUUAUUGCAGUUACCGGGAGAAUACUCGCAGUAGCUUAAUACAUGGGGUUGUCAACCAGGCUGCCGGAGUCAAAUCUGCUCAUCUUUUUAAGGCGGGCUAUGUUAAAGAAUCAAAAAUAGUGGAUGGUAUUGUUGAAAGUGUUCAUUUGGCUGAAGAUUAUAACUUCGGUGUCGCCGAGAAAGAUGUAAAUAGUAUACGAGGAAAAGUUAUUACAAAUUUGAAAAUAAAAAAUCUAGCUGGGAUAACUUCUGCCGCCCCACAAACGGGUAACCAUGGCGUUUCAAUAAUUUUUCAAAAACCGGAAACAUACUCUACCAAAAAUUUAGCAGCUUUAAAAACGACUUUAAUACAAUUAGUCAAUUCACUGGAUUCAUAUGUAAAGAAGGAUAGUGCCAAAGGCUUUAUUGAACUGAUACAUUUGAUGCGUAAUGCUGACACAGAUACUUUGCUUGAAUUGGCCGCUGUUCCCCACCCGAAUACCGUUUUGACCCGCAAAGUAUAUCUAGAUGCUUUAUUCCGAACUGGCACUUCUGAAUCGGUCAAGUCUAUAUUCAAGCAAUUUAAUAAAAUGAAUGAGCAAGAAAAGUUUAUUGCUAUCAUUUCAUUAAACCUUGUUCAAACGGUGGACAAAGACACUUUAAGUCAAUCAAUUAUUUUGCUGACGCCAACUGCAUCAAAACACGUAUAUUUGUCAAUUGGUUCAUUAGUUUCCAAAUAUUGCCUAUCUAAAGGAUGCGUGCAAGGAGACUUAGAAGUUAUUACAAAGAAAUUUAUUGAUCAUUUAAAACACUGCAAAGCUAACACAAGGAAAGAUGAAGAUCGUAUUGUCAAUGUAUUGAAAGGAAUCGCUAAUAUGAAACAUACAGCUAGCAAUGCUGUUCCUGCCUUAGCUGAGUGUGCUUCACCUGGGCGUUCAAAUAGAAUACGUGUAGCAGCUCUACAAGCUUUCUCCUCAGCCAAAUGCGAUUCAGUACUGACACAGAAAGCUUUAGCUUUACUCCGUGAUCGAAAUGAGGAUUCUGAGCUAAGAAUUGAAUCAUAUUUAGCAGCUAUUGACUGCCCAAACGCAAAUGUGGCCAUUGAAAUCGCAGAUAUUGUAAAUUCAGAGGAAGUUCAUCAAGUUGGUGGUUUUAUUGCAUCCAGUCUUAGAGCGAUACGCGAUUCAACAGACGAUCACCGUGCCCUUCAGCGCUAUCAUUUGAGUAACAUUCGUAUUACCAAACAUUUCCCAAAGGAUCUAAGGCGAUACAGUUACAAUGAGGAAAUAUCUUAUAGAGUUGAUGCCCUUGGCCUUAGUGCAAGUUCAGACUACAAACUGAUAUACUCUCAACAUGGAUUCCUACCCCGUUCGGCUACAUUAAAUGUUACUACAGAAAUUUUCGGAACUAAUUUCAAUGUUUUCGAAGUUAGCGCAAGACAAGAAAAUUUAGAGAAUAUUCUUGAAUAUUAUAUUGGACCUAAAGGUUUGCUUAAUAAAGAUUUUGAUGAAAUAAUUAAAAUGGUCGAAGAGAUGGGCACUUCUGGCGACAGGAGUCGUCGCUCACUUGUUGAUGACACAACAAAAUUCUCAAAGAAAUACAAAACAUAUGGCAAUAAAAACUUUCAGGAUGUCAACAUUGACUUAUCGCUAAAAUUCUUCGGCUCUGAAAUGUUGUUCCUUAGUUUAGGUGACCAUAUACCUAGUUCAUUAGAUGAUAUUAUCAAAAGUUUUUCUUCAGUCUUUGAUAAUUUGAAAAAGGAAUUAUUAUCGCUUAACAAAGAGUACACUUUACAUGAUCUGUUUCUUGAUGUAAAUGCUAUAUAUCCCACUGGUCUCGGUAUUCCGCUCGAGCUGAAUACACAAGGUUUCACAGCCAAUAAAUUAGAAUUCGGAAUCAGUUUAGAUAUUGACAGUAUCAUUGAACAGAACUAUCUAGCAACUAAAUAUCAAGUUAAGCUUGUGCCAAGUGUUGAUGUUAGUUUGAAAUUACAACUAGGCUUUAGCGCAUAUGUCUUAGCAACAGGCCUGCAAGUUGAAUUGAAUCUUCAUUCAGCCUCUGGUGCUGACGUGAAAUUCGUCCUCAGCAAUGAGGGAAACGGAUUCAACGUAGACAUACAUUUGCCACGAAAUAAGUUGGAAUUAAUAAAUGUAAAUGUUAACCCCGGAUUUUAUAUCACGGAACUUGAUAAGCCAACAAAGGUGAUUGCUUCAAAAAAUAAUAACAAGCAGAAUCCUGAUAACUAUCAAAUGUGCUUUAACCAAUUAGACGUUAUUGGAAUUAAUUUAUGUGUCGAUGCGGCUGGUAUUGCAAUUGAUAAAGAAAAUUCAUCAAAUUCUGCCGAUAUUUACAAUUUAAUACAUGCAGUUAGCCUAAGUGUCUAUACAGAAACAGAGAAGAAUUACAAUCUGCGUGGUUCAUAUAUAGCACAGACGAAUAGUGGAAGUCAAGAAUGGAAAGUAGAGUUGAAUACUCCUGGAUCACGAGAACCCCAUACAGCUACCACUACCUUUGAGGUUGGAACAAAUCCUCGUACUUAUGCCAGAUUAGCAUUUGAUACUCCUCUACAUCACUUUGCUCUUGAGUCAGGAUUUAAUAAUGAUAACCAUGAACUAGUAUUUUAUGUUCAAUAUGAAGAUAAUGACAAACUUAACCGAAACAGAAUUGGUUUCCUUCGUAAUGGCAAUGAAUAUCGUCCCAUUGUUGAGUUACAGGAUAAAAAUGGUGUUUCUAAUGAAAUUUUCGGUUAUCGUCUGGAUGGAAAAGUUCUUCUACAGAAAACUGGUGACAAACAAGCCAAGUACAUUUUCGACAAUUUACUAGUAUCAAAUAAACAAAACGAACUCGUUGUUCUAAAUGGAUGGAGUGAAUUGGGACCAUCCUGGUUAAUCAACGAGUUACGAGUAGGUAUUGGGAAGGAUUCAUACCUAGUCAAAAGCAACUUUAGAGUAGAAAAGGGUAUAUAUGAUUUUGGAUUUUUCAUAAACGAUCAUCGAUCACCUCACAACGUCUAUGGAUCCUCUGCUCAUGUUGAAUUAGCCGAACAAGUUUUUGUUGUAAAAUUGGUUGGAGCAGCUGCGUCAUGGAGUGUAGAUAUCAGUAAUGAAGUACAGUACACUAUUUCUGAAGAUUCCAAUGAUCUUACAUCCAGUAGCUUUAAACAUGAUAUAGCUCUGAAAAAUAAAAAUAAUAUUGUUGGUAAAUUUAAAUUGAAUGGGCAGACCUCUGGUAACAACAAAUUGGAAUUUGAAACCGAAUUAAUUCGAGGUAAGAGAGUUGCUGCCAUUUCCAUAAAAUAUGAUGGAAAUCGACAUACACUAGGUGACUAUAUUUUUGAGGUUCACGGCAAAUAUAACAAACAUUUUGCUGAUAUCAUUGCCAAGUGCGACUUAAACGGAAAUCGAUUUCUUAUCGAUAACACGUUGGCAACUAGUUGGGGUACAUCUGUUACCGUAAAAGGUGAAGUAGGACAACGUUUCUCAGCUCAGGAUAUAUAUAUUGAUGUUCGCGGUAUAGCUCAAUUCAACAAGAUGGACAAACAGCUGCAAUGGAUUCUCAAAGUAAUCGGUGCACCUGAAAAGACUAAUAGUGAGCUGAAAAUUUCACGGGAUAAUGCAGAAAUUUUAAAGUACGGUGGAGAACUGCAGCAUCCACAGGAUAAAAUAUCAAGUGGUAAAAUCAAUAUAUCUGUCAAAAAUAUAGCGAUGUUAAGAGGCGACUAUAAAGUAGCCAAAAAUGGCAAAGGUGAAUCUAAUAUAGCAAUUGAAUCACUUAAAUCUGAACAAAAACAUAAAGUUGAUAUUAACUCGAAAUUUCAAGUUCAAGCACCUAAAUAUGAAUUGGAAGCCACCAUUAUUUUUGACGGUGAGAAGAAAAUCUUCCUUAAGACGGAUAAUAAUGUGGAUAAAGUGAAAUUCGUAACCAAGAAUUUGGCAGAGAUUUCAAACAAAAAGGCUUCUUUCGAAGCUAAUGUUGGUGUUAAAGGAGAUUGGCGCUCCAACGGAGAAUUACAAGGAAACUUCUUUCUUACUAUCCCCACCGGUAGAGUCGUAGACGGUAAUGUCAGACGCAAAAUUUCUACAAACAGUAGAACAGGGAACAUACAUGGCGAUAUAGAAGUACAAGUAAGCGAAAUUCACAGCAAUAAAAAACGUACUUUAGCUUACUCAUCACAUGUCGACAAAUUCAAUUUAAAAACUAAAGAAAUCUCACAGAAGUCUCAACUCACCUAUACUGAUGUUGAUAACAAAAAAUUGGAAUUGUCUGCUGACAUUAAUCACUUACCAAAAAAUCAAAGCAAAUUUAUAGAUAUUAAAUCCAAGCUACGAGGUGAUAUACUCAAUAUUCCUAUCGAUGCGAACUUCGUAGUUGAUGAAUAUGACAAAAAGCACGCCGUAUUCCGAAUUGACAUAAAAUCUGCUGGUGAAUUUAAUUAUAAUGUUAAUGGUAGAUAUAAUUUGGGUGGUAACGACAAUCCUGCAACUUUUGACGUUCAGGGUAAUAUCCAACUGCCCAAAAGUACCCUCCAAUCAAUUAAUUUCAGUUCAAAUGGUAAACUGGUGAAGCCUUCUUCCAACAGCGGCACAUAUUUAAUUGAACUGCAUGUAGACGAACAUUUUGGUGAUAAUCAAUUCUUACGUUUGAACACAAUUUCGAAAAGUUCUCAACAACAAGGAGCAUAUACUUUUGAUUUCGAAACUAAGGAAAUGCAGGGACCACUAAAAUUAGAGGGUACUUAUCAAAUUGAACAUCAGGGAGAUCUAAAAGAUGGGACUGCUAGCGGAAAAGAGCGGUAUUCAUUUAACUUUAACUAUAAUAAUAAAUUCGUAAAAACUUCCGCUGAUCUUACUUAUGUCGGGUUUGAUACAGCUGUAGCGCAUUAUACAUUGGACAGCAGUUUCGAAUCAGCCAAAAAUAUUGAUGUGGAUUUACAUCUUCAAAAACUUGAAGUUGGUACAUAUGAGCUUAAAUGUCAGGCAAGGAGUGGUAAUAAUAUAUAUGCAUCAGUUUCUAAAACUUACCAGUCACAGUAUAAAAAAGGACUUGAUAUACAAGUAUCAGUUCCAAAUGGUAGUCCAAUAGUUAUUGUGGGUAUCAUUGAUACCUUAGGUGAAUACAAAACUAAAAUUACAGUAGACGUUCAGAACGUCAUUGGUUUAGAUUUGACAUCUAACAUCGAGUCAACACAUCAAGCUAUAAAUGAUUUCUUGGUUAAAGCCAAUUGGAACUCAAUUAAAUUAAACCUUGAGAACUAUAAUCUAGAUGUACGGUCACAUGACAACUCCUUAAUUUUCAAUUUGAAAAAUGCUAAAGGUGUGAUUUUUGCUGGUAGCGCGACAUACACUCAAAAGAAGGAGAAAAACAAGAUCUUUAUCGAAGGCCAAGGACAGAUGCAAUAUCAGGGGAAAACACAAAAGACAAAUUUCCGUCUCAUACAUCAUAUCUUUGACAUCAACAUAGACAAAGAAGUAGGCUUUUCGUACGCCCUAGACGGUAACUUUGGACCAAAGAAAGGAGUGUCUACUUUAAAGAUAACGAAUAAAGGAGUUGAUGCUAAAUUAUCAAUUUGCGAAGAUAAGAAACAAUGCACAAAUGUGCAGUUGCAAUCGAUUGUAUCCCAAAAUAGUCAAGAAAUCGAUUCAUCACAAAAUUCUUUACUAAUUGUUAUUGACUUACGUGAACUUGGCUACCCAUACGAAUUUGAAUUCCAAUCAAAGACUAUUCGUCAAGGACUCAAGUUGCAAUAUAGCUUAGAAUCUCAGAUUGUUUCAAAUAAUAACUUAAAAUAUAUGUUGGUUGCUGAUAUCCAGCACACAAAUUCAAACAUUCAAUUAAAAUUACCUCAUAGAGAACUCUUACUAGAGGUGAAGCAGCAAUUCCCUGAGCAGGGGAAAUUUUUCGGACAUUAUGAAAAUUCUCUAGCCUUCUUCUUUGACAAAACGAACAAACCAAAUGACGUCACACGUUUUAAAGCUGUUGCGGAUAUAACUGGUAACGAACUCACGGCGAUAAAUUUAAGCAGUGAAAUCAAAUUUGAACAUCCAACCAUUCGCCCAUUGGCAAUUUCGGGCAAAGUUGACGCUAACGGCCAGCAACAGAGUGUAAAGAGUGAAAUUGUUUUCGACAUAUUCCGCUUACCGGAGCAAAAGAUCAUAGGUUCCUUGCGCACGAAAAACACGCACCAAGGAAACAGCUUUAAUAUUACAACUUUCGAAUCGCUAUACUCCAAAGGCCUUGGAUUUAAUUACGAAUUCAGCGGCCACACCGCACUUAAUGUAGACUCGCAAGUAUUCAGUGCAGCGGCAACAUUAAAUAGCGGUGCUUCAGAUUUAAAGGUCUCAGUGAAUGCCUACGGCACAAAGGAUCACUCUGAUUUGACAGUUUAUGUUCUAAAUGAGCCCAUAUUACAGGUCGCAGUUGACUUCAAUCAACAGAAAUAUGCCUUCAAUACUAACAGUAAAUUGCAGCUUUUCAGCCAAGCUCCUAUUGAGCUCAUAACCGAUUUUCAACCAAUGCAAGUGAAAUUCAUUGCUAAACGCAAAGGUCUUAUCGAAAUAGACGGCGAUGUAAAACUUGGCAAAGAACUUAAGCUUAACUUACAAGCCACCGGCAAACAAUUGUUCAGUGGCCGUAUAGCAUUAGAUGCACCGCAUUUCUUGCAGACAUCUUAUUCCAGUAACAACGAAGACAUAAAAACAUUUUUGAAUGCUGUCGAAUCCGAGACCAAAAAGGAUACAGAAGCAACAGUUCAGAUAAUAAAGAACAAAUUCAAAUAUAUACGAGAAGCUGUCGACCAACAAGCGAAAUUAUUAAAAGACAGUACACCCGACCUUUUACAACUUAAGAACAACUAUGAUGCGAAUGUCAACGAAAUCGCACAUGAAUUAGAGAACGAUCCAGCUUUAAAACAGAUCAGCGAAUGCUGUAAAAAAAUGUACGCUAAAUUUACAAAAAUUGCCGGGGAUUUGUCGAAGAAUGUUGCUGAAUCCAAUGAGAACUUAUAUAAGUCCGUAACAGAAUUUUAUGUAAAAUUAGAAUCUACAUUAAAAGAAACGGUGUUGCCAGCAUGGGAAAACCUCUUGGUCACCACUUCGAACGUUCUUGGUGACUUGCGCGUACAAUUAGUGAAUUUAACCACAGAAUUGGUCCAAGAUAUUUGGACUACUUUAGAACAGUAUGGACCAGCAUUGAAAAAUUAUGGGAAAGUCAUUAGUGACUCAUUAAACCCUUUAAUUGAAGCUUUCGAAGAACUUGUCAAAGCAGCAGUCGAUGCAAUUGAAGACAUAUGCGAGGAACUCAGGGAAUAUUUAACGAAACUUCCAUCCCUUGAUGAACUGUAUAGCGAACUGAAAAAGCAAGUGAAAAAGUUGCGACUUGCAGAAAACGCUUUACAAUUAUUGAACGAUGUUUUUGACCAGCUGCAUAUUUUACCAUUGACGCCAGAAUCAAAUGAAUUCUUCGACAAAUUACGUGAAUACACAAAAGCUAAGCUAACUAACAAUCCAGUAAGUGAUGAGCAAGUAUUACAGGAACUAACAAAACUUUUGGUUAAAGCUCUACGUUCUGUUUGGACUAACUUGAACUUCAACUCGCCUGUGGGAUCAACCGACAUUUCAGACAAUAUAAUUAGUUCUCUAUUGGGUAUCACAUCAGAAUUGUUUGAUAUUUUUGAUAAACUACCAAGUAUAUUAUCAUUCCGCUUCAGUGUCUUCAAUUUCUUAUUAAAUGAAAACUGGGAAAAUGUUGUUAGCGAAAAAUUUCUUAAGUCGUGGAUUUUCUUCAAUGAUUUUAAUCUACACGGUCACAUUGCGGAUGGCCAUCAAAUUUUCACAUUCGAUGGUCAGCAUUACUCUUUUCCAGGAAGCUGCAAGUACAUAUUGACUCAAGACAGUGUUGACAAUAAUUUUACUGUAGUCGCACAUCUUAACAAUGGCAAGCUAAAAGCUAUAAUAUUAACCGAUCGUGACGGUAACUUCGCUGAAAUUUCAGACUCAGCUGCUUUAAAAAUCAAUGGCAAAGAAAAUGAGUUCCCUCAACAUUUUAACGGCAUUCAUGUUUGGCGUUUAUUCUACACCAUCUGGUUAUAUUCGGAAUAUGGCGUUGAAAUUAUGUGCACUCAGGAUUUGAAAAUUUGCAAUGUUAAAGUAAAUGGUUUCUACACAAGCAAAACGCGUGGUCUCCUUGGCAAUGGAAAUGCGGAGCCAUACGACGACUUAAUUCAAGUAGAUGGCACUAUAGCUCAACAUUAUGCUUCUUUCAGUAAUGGCUACGGAAUCGGGAAGUGCGUACCAAUAACAGCAAAACCAGCAGAUGAAAUCGGUCGUUCAGAAAUUUGCACGGAGAUAUUUAGUCUAGAGUCGCCCUUAAUGACUGGCUAUAUCUUUGAAAAUCCCGCACCAUAUCGCUUGAGGUGUGAUGCCGCAGUCGCCGAGGCUUCCGAAAAAGAAAAGGAAGACGCAGCAUGCCUAAUAGCUACUGCUUAUGGCUCAGCCUUGAAAUUAAAAGAGAUUCCAACUCAGUUACCAUCUCGUUGCUUGAAAUGCGCUGGUGCUGCUGGACAGCGUGAAUUAGGUCAGGAGUUCACUGUUAAAAUACCAAAUAAUAAGGCUGAUAUUAUUUUUGUUGUCGACCUUGAAAUUAGUUCAACUGUGCUUAGCAACUUUGUUGCGCCUGUAAUAUUAGAGGUACGUGACUCGCUAAAAACUCGUGGUUUCACUGAUGUGCAAAUCGGAGUAAUUGCUUAUAAUGAGACUCAACUUUAUCCAGCUGUGUUAACUAGUGACGGUGGAAAAAUUAAUUAUCAAGGCAAUUUAAACAAUGUCCGGCUUAAUGGUCCAAAGAACAUUUGCUUACACUGCCUCUCUCAGGAGUUGGCGGAUCCGAAGGUUGUCGAAAUAUUCAAGGGCAUUGAAUCACUCUUCAGAAGUAUCGUACCACAAUCAGACGAAAAGGCAUUCAGAUUAGCACUCAAUUAUCCAUUCCGUGCAGGAUCUGCAAAGAGUAUUGUUGGGGUCCGUAGUAACACUUUGGAUUUCGUCAAUUUGUUCAAAUUGGUACGAGCUCACUUAACGGAUACAUCAACAAACUUUAAUGGGGCUUUGUUGCACCUGAUUGGUCCAGUUAAUGACCUAUCUGUCGAAAACAUUCCUAAAGAAAAGCUAGUCGGGUUCAAUUCUCGUUUGAUUGCUACGUUAGACGGAAAAGAUGCCAAAAAACGUCAAAAAUUGCAAUUUGGAAAUGAUAUCGGCAUCGAAUUUGCUCUCAACAAUGGUGGUUGGGUCUUCACAACAGAAAACUUCGAUCAACUGAAACCUAAUGAACAGAAAAAGGCUCUUAACCAAGUCGUAAACACGUUAGCUGAUACACUUUUCAGGACAGAAAUAGUUAGCGAAUGUGAAUGUGAAGUGGUACAUGGUUUACAUGCGCAGCAUCGGUGUGUAAUUAAAUCGUCCAAUUUCCUGCCGAACAAAAAACUCAAGGCGAACUAGAUUGCUGAUUUACUAUUUAAACUCAAUUCAAUAUCUACAAAUGAAAACAAUACAAAAAAAUACUUAUUUUGUUUCAAUAUAAAUAAAGAAACCACAACAAAAACUA